AUUAUCAUUAUUUUACCGACUCUGAAGAGAAGGGUUACCUCUUUAGGAUUAUCAAGAAAAACUAACAUCUCUGAUAAUGAACUGAGAAGUGCCAUUGAGAAGGAACUUGGUAAAAGUGGUUGUUUUGUGGGAUACUGCAAGAUGUGGGCAAGGAUAAGAAAGAGGGGAAUUAUAGUCCAAAGAGCAAGAGUAAUGACUCUUCUGAAGGAACUUGAUCCCGACGGUGUAGAAACCAGGCGAAAGAAAAGGUUACGUCGUCGUGCAUAUCAUACAAAAGGGCCACAUUUUACUUGGCAUAUUGAUGGCCUCGAUAACUUAAAGCCAUUCGGGUUCAGCGUGCAUAGCUGUGUUGAUGGGUUCUCUCGAAGGCUUCUCUGGCUGAAGGUAGGCCCCACAAAUAAGAAUCCAGAAGUGAUUACCUAGAUACCGUGAAACAGUUAAGUGGUGUACCCCGGAAGAUAAGAUCGGAUGAUGGGACUGAAAAUUGUGUGAUUGAGGCACUUCGUACUUUCCUUAGGCCAUCCCAUGCUGAUGAAAAUGCUGUCCCAGGAUCUUUUAAUAUUGGCAGAUUCACGGCUAAUCAAAGAAUUGAAUCCUACCAGUCACAAUUCGUAAGGGAUGGUCCUGGUUGGUGGGUCAAUUUCUUCAAAGAUCUGUCCGACUUAGGUUUAUUUAAAAGCACGGAUCCUGUUCAUCAGGAAUGUUUUCGAUUUCGUUUUAUGCAAAUAUUGAGAAAUGAGCUUAAUGAAGUUGCUGAGAUGUGGAAUCAACACAUUGUAGCUUCAAGCAAAUUUGAAAAUAGUAGUGGUCCCAGAGGAAGACCCGACUGUAUGUUUUUCCUUCCCCACCUGUACAACUCAGAAAACUACAAAGUACCUGUUGACCCCCAAGAACUUGAGGAGUUCAUUGACAAAUCAACCAUGUGUCUUGCAGAUUGGAGUCAAGAAUUUGAGGAGUUUGCAAUAAAAAUGACUGCAUUGGGACUGCAGCCACCUCGGAAUGUAAAUGAAGCACUUGAUAUGUAUGUGACACUAAUUAAAGAGGUCGAGAAGUUGCCAUAG